CCCACCACCUAGACCUCGAAAUUUUUUUUGUCUUGUCCUUAUGGCCUCUAACAAAAGACCCAAAACCUCCCUAAACCCCAUUGCUGCCAGUGCCACCAGUACUUGUUAUCAAACACCUUCUUCACUCUCCGCCGAAAUGGUAGCCAACAAUGAUGAUCUCCUAACCGAAAUCCUUGUUCGCUUGCCCAUCAACUAUGUUCUGGCCUUCAAAUCCCUAUCCAAACACUGGCUUUCCCUCAUCUCCAAUCCACAUUUCUGUCGCCGCAGCACUGCUCUCUACAACCCCAGCUGCGGCCUUUUCUUGCUCCGCCCUUCCAUCUCAACCAACCCCAACCCAGUAUUUGACUAUCUUAGUCUCAAUCAAAGCUCUAAUCUCUCUAACAAACACUUAAUGAUAAGUCUCUCUUUUCUAACUGAUCCCAUGGGUAUCAAAAUCUUGCAGUCUUGCAAUGGAUUGUUAUUAUGUUCUACUUCCGGUGGACCCGAAGCAAGGAAAAAAUACUACGUCUACAAUCCUACCACUAAGCACUAUACCAUCCUUCCUCAGCUGCCGGUUAGUGGGUAUGCUUAUAGGUCUACUGUUAUGGGAUUGAGUUUAGCUUUUGAUCCUUCCAAAUCGCUUCCCUACAAAGUUGUUUGCGUUAAGAGCCGCAACUCCGAGCAAACCCAGUUGGAGUUUGAGAUUUAUUCAUCUGAGAUGGGAGCUUGGCGGCUAAGUACUAGCAAGUCUUUCUUGUCACCCAUAUCCACCUAUAAUAUUGAUUUCAAUGGUGGUGUGUUUUGGAAUGGUGCAAUUCAUUGGAUCAGUACUAGGGAAGCGGCAGGUGCUCUAUAUUUCAACCUGGAAGAAGAGCGUUUUAGCGAAAUGCCAUUGCCUCCUCUACCAGAGGACUGGAAGGACUGGAAUGAAAGUCAAUUCGGAUAUUUUGGUGAAUCGGGAGACCAUUUGCAUGUUAUUGGUAUGUAUAAUCCUCCAUCAAAAUGUUUCAAUGUGUAUGAAAUGAAGAGAGACUAUUCCGGCUAAUUUGCCAAGUUCCGAGUUGAUGUUGCUCAAGUUCUGGUUGCAUUUUCAAAUGAUAAGAGAUUUACGCUCCAAGUACGGGAAUUAUCUCUCUUCUCGUUCAGUAUAAUCUGUGUGGUUCGUUGUGAGCCUGAGGAAGAUUCAUAUAUGGUGAUGCACUUUCAUGGUGGAAUAAUCAUAAAGUAUUAUUUGAAGACUAAUGCUUUCAUGAAGCUUUGUGAUAUUGAUGAUGAUAGUGGAGAUGGUUUAGCGUAUCGUGAUUGG